AUGUUUGCCGCACCGCCACGGCCGUUGGCCCGCUUCGUCUUCCGGCGCGGCUCGUGGCAACCACCCUCGCCUCGAGCCUUGCUGUCUACUAUCCCGACUUCCAUUGCCGGCUUCCUUGAAUGGCAGAAUUCCGAUGCUGCCGAUGUGGUGCGGGUCAAUGGCUUUGUUCGAUCUGUUCGCGCCCAGAAAAAGCACCAUUUUGUCUCAUUGGGUGACGGUAGUUCUCUCAAAUCUUUACAGGCCGUCGUGCCUGCUGACCAGGCUGAAGGUCUGACCAUCGGAGCAGCCGUCCGACUACACGGGUGUUGGGUCCCGUCCCAAGGCUCUGGGCAGAGCCAUGAGCUGCAAGUCCUGCGCGCAGACGUCUUAGGACCCUCAGAUGCGAAGACAUUUCCAUUACAGAAGAAAUAUCAAACACCCGAGUACUUGAGAACAAUGCCUCACAUGAGGGCUAGGAUACCGCACAACUCUGCCCUGCUACGCUUUCGCUCAGAGACCAUCUCCACCCUUACACAGUUCUUCAAUGAUCGCCAGUUCAUUCAAACCCAUACGCCCAUACUUACAUCAUCCGACUGUGAGGGGGCAGGCGAGGUCUUCCACGUAACCGCCGGUGACGAAAGGCAGCAAGAGGCUGGUGAUACUGCCAAAACCUUCUUUCGCCGUGCAGUUUAUACGACUGUGUCAGCCCAACUUCACUUGGAAGCUUUAGCCCAGGGUCUUGGCAAUGUGUGGACACUCUCUCCAACUUUCAGAGCCGAACAGAGCGAUACCCCCCGGCAUCUGAGCGAGUUCUACAUGCUAGAAGCAGAAAUGAGUUUUACCGACAACCUUUCGGCUGUCAUGGAUCUCGUGGAAGACAUGUUGAGACACUUGGGCAACAAAUUGGCUGAAUCUAGAGUCGUCAGCGAGCUUUCCUUUCGCACGCCUGGAGGACUAGCAGACAUGGCCCCGGUGGACCAAGUCGAACGUCGUUGGAGUGGCCUCACGCGGGAAGCAUGGCCACGCAUUACCUAUUCCGAAGCGAUCGACAUACUGGACAAUGCGGAUGAGUCUUUCGCCCAUAAACCGCAAUGGGGCAAGGACUUACAUACCGAGCAUGAGCGCUACAUCGCAUCCAGGGUCAGCAAUGGAGACACUCCUGUCUUCGUUACUAAUUACCCUCGAGACAUCAAAGCUUUCUAUAUGAAGCCCAAUACCGAAGAAAGUCUCGGCAGGUCGACACCAGGCGAGACGGUAGAGUGCUUCGAUCUUCUGGUUCCCGACUUUUGCGAGAUUGCUGGCGGGUCCAUGCGUGAGCAUCGUCUCGGCCCUUUGCUCGCAUCGAUGAAACGGCAUGGCCUGGAGACUUCGUUUGAAGAAGUUACCGCCGCGGAUGGGUCUGCGCAAUCACCCGGCAAUAAUCUGGAUUGGUAUCUGAAUCUACGCCGUUGGGGCUGCCCUCCACACGGUGGCUUUGGCCUCGGCUUUGACCGACUCAUCUGCUAUCUCUCUGGGGUCCAGACGAUCCGCGACACAACUGUUUUUCCCCGUUGGUACGGGCGGUGCGAUGGCUAG